AUGUUCGCCUAUGCUCGCUUCUUUCGCGAUUACGUGAGGGCAAUCGGAAACUAUUGGUUUGCGUCCACCGUCCACAAAGCCAUGCCUACGCUUACGCCGAUUGAACCAUUUACGAAGAUUACCCCGUUGGUGACACGCGUCCUUGGUCAAAAUCCCGGUCCAUUCACACUUCAAGGGACGAACACUUAUCUCGUCGGAAGUGGAGAAGAGAAAAUUCUCAUCGAUGCCGGCGAGCCGAACAUUGAGGCGUAUACAAAUUUGUUAGGAUCGACACUUACGGGUUCCCGUAUCGUUGCCGUAAUCAUCACUCAUUGGCAUCACGACCACGUUGGAGGACUUAAUGACGUUUUCACGAAGGUAAUUGGAUCAAAAGUGCCGGUGUACAAGAUUAAGCGAGAAGGCUUCAAUGAAGGAUCGGAUAUUCAAUUUGUCGAAGAUGGGCACGAGGUGACGGUUCCUGGAGCGACUGUUCGAUUUGUUGCUACACCGGGACACACCGCCGAUCACGCAUCUCUAUGGCUUGAAGAAGAAAAGGCGAUUUUUGCGGGUGAUUGCAUUCUUGGCGAGGGAACGUCCGUGUUCGAGUGUCUCCACGAAUACAUGAAAAGUCUAGAGAAGUUAAAGGGUCUCAACCCCGAAGUGAUAUACCCAGGACAUGGUCCCGUUGUAAGCGAUCCAUUCGCGAAGAUCACCGAAUACAUCACUCAUCGAAUGAAAAGAGAAACGGAGAUCAUCGAAUUUAUGAGCAGUGGAGAGGAAAGAACGAGUAUGGACAUCACGAAUGCCGUAUAUUCGAAUACCCCAGCAUCCGUGAUGAUCGCCGCUCUCAACAACGUACGUCUUCACCUCAACAAGCUGGUCAAAGAUGGAAAAGUGGAGAAGACCGGCUUCGAAAUGUACAGAUUUAUGCCAACAAGCAAACAG